AUGGCUAUUCUUCGAUUUACUCGGUUGGUAGCGCAAUCGAAAAAUCUAACAAAGUUUGAGAACGUCGUACAAAGGAGGACUGCUACAACCACACCGACUGGUGCUAUUUUGCCUGAACCAGAGAAGACCCCUGGUGGUCUUAUAGGUAUAGUGUUGGCCGUGGUGCCAGGCUUGCUCAUCGGAGCAGCUAUUAGUAAAAACAUUGCUAAUUUCUUGGAAGAAAACGAACUGUUUGUUCCUUCCGAUGACGACGACGACGAUGAUUAA